UACACGGCUCUCCCUCUCUCUCUCUUUACUGCUUUAAGAGCUUUACUGCUUCAGCCAACAUCCUGAAGCAGGCCUCUCUUCACUUCUCUCCCCUCUCUCAUCCAGACCAAUGUAUGGACUCCAGAAGCUUGAGUAGACGGCAGUGAGGAAAGCAACUUUUCAAAAGAGAGAUAAACGGUGGGAGGGAAGUCUGCUGUUGGCUUCCUGGGCUGAGCUGCAUGUGCUGGCUGGCCGGGUGUUGGAGUUACAAUAGGAAACAAUUGCCUUUUUUCCUGUGUGUGUGUGUUUUUGUAUCCACCCCUCACAAAGAACAGCUGGACUACGAACUGGACUGGAGAAAGACUUCUGGAUGCAGCAGCAAAGCGGAGGAUCAGCCAAAAGAGGACAAGUGAAAGUGAUAAAACAGAGGCUGGAGCAGCAGGAGUUGGACUGAGAAUACAGGAAGAAGACAGAGGCAGAGCAUUCAGGGACAGAAAAAUAUAGAAAGGGCAAAAGGAGAAAUUGACCUCACUCCCUUGCCAGUUCUCCCAGGUGUGGUGGAACCUUCUUCCGUCUCUCUUCUCCCAUCCCUUUACCUCUCUUGACCCUGACAUGGGCCGCCUGCUGGCCCUGACCUUCGCCUACCUGGCCUACCUGGUGGCCAUCGCGAUUGCCUCAGAGCGCCAGCAGCACCGUGUGCAGCACGGCCCCUGCAGCUACACUUUCAUCCUCCCUGAGGUGGAACACUGCCAUCCCUUAAAGGACUUCCAGGUCACAAAUAUCCUGCAGAGGGACUCCCCACCUGAGGCCGAGCCCGAUACAAGCCAAACCAAGCAGAGCAAGGCCCAAAAGGAGAGGCCUUCCUGGCAAGAGAGGAAGCUGCAGAGUCUGGAGAGUGCCAUGGAGAAUAACACUCAGUGGCUGCAGAAGCUGGAGAACUUCAUCAACGAGAAUGUGCGCUCCGGGGUGGAGGAAAUAAAGAGAACUGCGGUACACACCCAGACAGCUGCCAUGCUCGAGAUGGGAACCAACCUCCUCAGCCAAUCAGCAGAGCAGACUCGUAAACUGACAGAUGUUGAGACCCAGGUGUUAAACCAGACAAGCCGCCUGGAGAUUCAGCUACUUGAGUACUCACUCUUCACUAACCGGUUGGAGAAACAUAUACUUCUGCAGACUCAAGAGAUCUCUCGCCUCAGUGAUAAAAACAGUUUUCUGGAACAAAGGCUCUUAGCCUUGGAGGGUCGGUAUGGGAGGGAGCUAAAAGGUCUGCAGAGCGAGAAGCAGCAGUUACAAGAGCUUCUCGAGAGGCAGAGCCAACUGGUCGGUCAGCUUCAGCGCGAACUGGGCAGCUCUUCUCUUAACAGCACCUUACUACAGAGACAGCAGGCCAUGCUCACAGAUACUGUGCAACGGCUGCUCGCUGUGGCCAGUCACUGCAAUGAAAUCUCCAAUAUGCCCAAGGAGGAGCCGCUUAGUUUCAGGGACUGUGCAGAGAUCCUGCGAUCUGGAGUGAAAGAAAGUGGAAUAUAUAGCAUACGCCUCCACAACUCCACACAGACUGUCAAGGUGUUUUGUGAUAUGAAGACCAGAGGCGGGGGUUGGACGGUGAUUCAGCAUAGAAGAAACGGCUCAGUCGACUUCCAUCGCGGGUGGAGGGAUUACAAAACGGGUUUUGGAGAGCCGUCUGGGGAACACUGGCUGGGGAAUGAUAUCAUCCACAAGCUGACCAGCUCCCAGGAUUACAGUCUGCAUGUCCAGCUAAGAGACAGAGAGGGGAAUGAAGCCUAUUCGCAUUAUGACCACUUCUACAUAGACGGAGAGGAGAAAAACUACAGCCUUCAUGCCGAGGGCUUCAGCGGCACAGCUGGACGAACCAGCAGCCUCUCCCAUGCUGGAAGCCAGUUCAGCACCAAGGACAGAGACAAUGACCGCUGCACCUGCAAGUGUGCGCAGCUCGCGUCAGGAGGAUGGUGGUUUGAAGCUUGCGGUCCGUCCAACCUGAACGGCAUAUAUUACCCUGCCUCCUCCAGCGUGGUUCGCUACAAUAGUAUUAAGUGGUACUACUGGAAGGGUCCAAAUGUGAUCGCUACCAUGACAACCAUGAUGGUUCGCCCAGCUAAUUUCUGAUGAUGCUGGCAUGUACUUGCCACCAGAUUGUGAAGUGAAUGUCAUCACUGCUAAACAGAAAUGAACAAUAUCCAAGAAAAUGUAUAUUUUUGGGAAGACACUCAAAGAAGGCUUUUGGAUGAUUUCAGCUUGUGGACAUAUUGGAGCGGUGCUUUAGCAAUAGCCUGGGGACAUAUAUUCAGACUCACCGCAAAUGACUGUGAAUUCCUGAGUGAGGAAAUCCACGAACCGGAACUAUUCACAAAGGUACUCGGGCUAUAUUUUAAUAAGGAUUGUUCAGCUGUGAGAGGAAGGAGACAGAGUAUGAGCUUGGCUACAGACAAAAAAAAAAAGAAAAAAAAAGAAAUAACACAUCACUUUAUGCAGUUUAAAAACCAGUUACUCAACCCCUAAUAAAUGAUGAAACUUUAGAAAUGUUAUAACAAAACUUACUUUUAAGGAUGGAUAGAAAGUGAGUACAUCAGAGAGACAGCUCAGGUUGAGCAGUUUAGCGAUAAAGUUAAAAGAGGCGAGGCUGAGAUGGUUUGGACAUGUGCAGGGUGGAUAUAUCAAACAAAGGAUGUGGAAGAGGGAGCUGCAAGGCAGGAGGAAAAGAGGACGACCACAGAGGAUGUUCAUGGGCACACAAAAGGAGGACGUGCAGAGGGUUGGUGUGCUAGACAUAGGGUGAGAUGGAGGUAGAUGAUCUGCUGUGGCUGAAAGAUGAAGCGAUGAAAACUUUUGUGUAUUUGAUGUAAGAUAAUUUGGUGACACUUUAUAAUAGCCAUCAUUAAUAAAGGAUAAAUCAAA